AUUGAAAUACAACAUUUUAAGUCAUAACUGAAAAAGUACGUUCUCAAAUUCUAGGAUCUAUUUUUGGAAUAACAUUCAACGUAAACAACUAGUAAUAGAAGUCAAACAAGUGUUAAUUCCGUGUCAGGAUGAACCAUUUUCUAAGAUUGUAAGCUUUCUUUUGACUUCAGUUUUUGUUAGAUUUAUAUGCUCUCCGUCCGUUUGACUUCACUAAUAAAAAAUAAUACUGGGUCACUAAUAAAAUAAUACUGACGACAAAAAAAAAUAAAAAUAAAUAAAUAUAUAUAUAUAUAUAUAUAUAUAUAUAUAUAUAUAUAUAUAUAUCUUUUGAUAUCAUACUGUUACAAAAUAGGUUUCUUUCACCCUGGAAAACAAAAUUGAUGUACUUACCUUUUUUGUUUUUUUCUUUUUGCUAAAAAAAUGUAAUAUAUAAAAUAGUGAAUAUUAAAGGAUGAAAGAACAUUCUAUAUAUACACACACACACAUAUAUAUAUUUACAUGUCCAUAAUAGAGGUUCAAAUUGCUUAUCACGGAUGUAAAAUAUGCAAUGUUUAAGAUAUUAAAUGUUUUUAAGAAAGAAGAAGAUAUUAACUGUUAUAUUAUACAUGAUGUGUUUUUAUUUUUGAAAAAAAAUAUUACAUAUGAUGUGUUUGAUACUUUAUAGUUAUGUUCAACUGAAUAUAGUAUCUACAUCGACUCUAUAAUGCACAAAUGGUACAUUAUAACAUGUAGCAUUAUAUUUGGAUUUAGUUUUGGCUGUAUUCAUUCCAAAACAUAUAUAUAGAGCAAAAUGUACUUAGCUAUCGACUUUUCUUUUGUAUGCUCACGUUUCUCUAGAGUAAUACACAUGCGUAUUUAGAAUAUAGUAACGUACAUACUUUUUUGUUUCAUUCAACAACUAUUAAAUUAAAGAUAAGGUUCUAAAAAUGGAAAGUAGUUAUAUAAACAUACUUGGGUGAGGCAAGCCCCAUGCAGUAUUUAAUAAUGUAAUGAUGAAGACAAAUUACCAUAUGCGCGUAUAUGCUAAUAUGCAAAAACUUGUAUAAUAUAAGCUCUUUGACACUAUUUGACUAAAAUAUAAGGAGUGUCAAAACUUCGAUUGGUGGCCACAAUUUAGAAAAAAAUAAUGGUGAAUUUCCAUUCCUUAAGUUUUAUACCAUUUAUGUUGAUUUUUUUGUCAGAUUAUAGAUUUAUGAAAAAAAUUAUGAAGAAAAAAAUUCUUCUCUAAUUUCUAUGAAGAAUGAAAUGAACACCAAUUCAUAUAUUUUUUAGAUUUUUCAUUUUUUCGACUGAAUAUUUUUUUUUUCAUUUUUAUCCAUUUUUCCAUUCAAUUCAACAGUUACUGAUUGAAGCCAUAGUGUUAUUUUUUCAUUAUAUCAACACAUUAAAGAUCUUUUUAUUUUUUAAUGAUAUUCUCAUUUAAAUUUUCAUAUUGCUAACUAAUAUAUGGUUUGAUUGGUUAUAAAGAUACAUUUGCUGAGAGAAAAUUAUUAGUUGGAGUUAUAUACUACUCUCUCCGUUUUACAAAGAUAGAUUUUUCAGUGUUUUCACACAUAUUAAGAAAACACACUACUAUAAUAAAUGUAUUGUUUCCUGUAAUUUUCUAUUUUUAAUAAUUUUUAUCCAUAAUAAUUCAAUAAAGAUAAUUUAUUUUCUUGAAAAUCACAAUGUUUUUAUAUAAAAUACAAAAAGUCUAUCUUUAUGAAACAAUUUUUUUUAUAACAUCUAACUUAAUUAAACGGAGGGAGUGUUACGUAAUCUCCGGUAAAAAGAGUACAAUAUUUUUUAUGUAUAUGUGAAUUUUUCUUGGACAUCAGUAUUCUAUAAGUGCACUAUAAUUCCUUAUAAAAAGUUCUAAAAUUAGCUAACCAUUUUGCUGGUAUUUGUGAUUGUCUUUGGGAAUCAAUUAAUUAAUUGAAUCUACUUUUGUCUAUCAUCCAAAGGACUUUCUUUUGCCAUUAUUAAAAAUCAAAUUAUUAUUCGAUUUCAAAGCCUACAUAUGGUCCCAGGAAGAAGAACUUGUUGUUCGGCAUUGGAAUUGUUGGAAUAGUAUAAGCUGCCAGCAACAAUCCAACAUUGUCUUCAAUCCAAAUUACCGGUGGUGAGGUGUGUUGCUACUGGAUUCUGCCAUUGAGAUCCGAUCCAUCCCAUCUUUUUUUUUCUUUUUUCUUUUUGAUCAACCUAACCAUCCCAUCAAAACGCCAAAUAUGUGUACAAUUAAAAGUUUAUUUCAUUGUAUUCAUAAAAUAUAUCAAUAUACAUGCUCUUCUUCACCUAUAGGUAUUGGAGUUCGACUUUUUUUUUUUUGGAAACACGGAGUUCGACUUUUAAAAAAUAUUGCAUCUGAUAUAUUUUCAGAAAAUUUCCUACAAUUUUUGUAAGGGAUUACAGAAUUAUAAGAGAUAAAUUCAUCGCUCAAAACACUAUUGUAUUUAUUAUUUAUAUAUAAUCCAAAUUAGAACUUUUUCUAUAAAAUGUUUGUCUAAAUAUGAUUGUUAGAAAAAAAUACAAAAUGGACAAAUUGAAUUUUUUUCCACAUCAAAUUUUUUUAGUCAAAAAAUAUUUUACGUUUAUAGACGUUAAUUUUAUUUUUAGUUUUUUAAUGAGAUUAUAUAUUUCUGUUGAAAAGUAAAAAGUUCGUCGCAAAGCCAAAAAAAAACUACAAGACCUAAAACAUAACUAAAUAACUGACUUUUUUUCGGAAACAACGUAGAAAAAGUUCAUUGAACUUUUGUUGCUUUAGUUGUUACAUUUUCCUAACUAUGAUUAUAUGACUUUUGUAAAAAAAAAAACUAUGAUUAUAUGACUUGCAUCAAAAAGAAACCAUGAUUAUAUGACGGUGUUAAAAAAAAAAAGAGAGAGAAGACAAUAGACAUAUGAUAAAACAUAUGUGAUUUGCAGAAUCUUUAUGGAUUUGUUGUUGAUUUAUUUUAAGAAUACCAGGUGCAUCUCAAUUACAAUAAAUAAAAUUGGGAUAUAAAUUUUGCAAUAAAAAGUUGAUACCUUUGAACUAAAAUUGAUAUAUCAUGACCGGGUGAUUGUUGUCGAGUGGUAAGGAGACGGGGCUGAGCACCAACAUGUUUCAGGUUCGAUCCACCUGAUGCGCGAAACUAAAUCACAAUUAUCCUGGUCACCCAACACGGAUAUGGGCCCAUGCUUUAGGGCCCAUUUGAAUACCCGGAGAGAGGGUCUAUCCGUGGACUGCACUUCCCCUUGGGGAUUAGUCUGGGCCUCUCCAUGAGCCUGGGAUACCCCCAGGUUAAUCAAAAAAAAAAAAAAAAAAAUUGAUAUAUCAUUUCAACUUUUAUCAAUAACAUACUACGCUAGUGUAUUUUAAAGGUAAAAUUGGAAUGUCGGACUAGAAUUGAACAGGUUGAUUUGUCCUGUGUUUUUACGUUGGUGGGGUUAGAGUUGGACUCUGGUCCAGUUGAAACCUGGUCACCAAGGCUUUACUGGUCGGGCUGACUCGUCCCAAGGGUUAGUCGAGCAAUUUAAGUUAGUUCUAGAAACAGACCAGAUACAAGCCCUUGGCUCCAGUUCAAUACUGACCUGACCCUACCGGAUCACCUAUAAAUAGUUAACCAAAGAGGUUAAAAGGGUCUUACUCAAUGGUUUUCGGAUCCAAACCAGAAUCAGCUGACUACGUUAAUUUAUGGUCAAAUGGGCACUCGGACUAAUCUGAAUUUGGAAUGAGUAUAUUCUCUAGAUAUAUACGUACGAGGUUGGUAUCAUGGAGUUAACGAUAAUUCAUUAUUUUAUUUUGCAUUCACAUACACAUGCUAUGGUAACGCGUAUAAAAGACUGAACUAGGGAAGAACUGCAAGAAGAAAUUAUAAAAAUCAAUAAUAUAGAAUACCGACCACAUAAAUAAUUCUUAAUUGUCCCCAAAACAUGAUCGUAAUUUGAAUAUUUUAACCUUUGAUCGUUUUUCAGUCAAAUACACGCCAAAACAUGCUGAACUCUCUCCAUGCACACUAUAAGUACGCCUACACAUACUUUUUUUUAUCUCUUAACACUUCCACGAACUUCUCUCUCUCUAUCCUUUACAUUUUCUUCCAAUAAUGGCGGCGAAGUCCUUGUUUCAAAGCCCUAAUCUGAAACAUGUCUCAUUUCUAAAAUCAGACCAAACUCUUGUUCUUCCUCAUGUUGUCUCUCUUCCCAAUUCCAAAAAUACCCCCAAAAGACUCGUAGUUUCUUCUUCUUCCACUUCCUCUUCUUCUGCUGUAUUAGCACCACAUGUUCUUACUUCUCUUGUUGCUUCUCCUCCUGUAUCUCGUGCUCAGGCACCGUUAGCUAAGGUUUGGAGAGAGAUACAAGGGUGUAACAACUGGAAAGAUCUCAUCGAGCCUACUUUAAACCAUCUUCUCCAACAAGAGAUCACUCGCUACGGCAACUUAGUCUCAGCAUGUUACAAAGCCUUCGACCUUAACCCUAAUUCAAAACGUUACUUGAACUGCAAGUAUGGCAAACAAACCCUACUUCAGGAAACCGGAGUCGACCAGCCUGAGGAGUACCAAGUCACCAAAUACAUCUACGCCACACCGGACAUCAACAUCAGCAUCAGUCCGAUCCAAAACAAGGCCAAUAGGGGCGGACGUUGGGUAGGUUACGUUGCCGUUUCAUCUGAUGAAUCGGUAAAACGUUUAGGGAGGAGAGACAUUGUGGUGACGUUUCGUGGAACGGUCACUAAUCCUGAAUGGGUCACGAACUUCAUGAGCUCUUUGGCUCCGGCUAGGUUCGAUCCUCAUAAUGCACGUCCCGAGGUGAAGGUGGAAUCAGGGUUCUUGAGUUUAUACACAUCUGAUGAGAGUGAGAGCAAGUUCGGACUAGAGAGCUGCAGACAGCAGCUUCUGUCCGAGAUCUCGAGAUUGGUGAAUAAGUACAAAGGAGAAGAUAUGAGUAUAACACUCGCUGGACAUAGCAUGGGAAGCUCAUUGGCUCAUCUUCUUGCUUACGACAUUGCGGAGCUAGGUUUAAACCGGAGGAUGGGCGAGAGAGAUGUCCCGAUAACGGUCUUCUCUUUCGCAGGUCCUAGGGUUGGUAACUUGGGGUUCAAGAAACGUUGUGAGGAGCUAGGAGUUAAGGUUUUGAGGAUCACCAACGUUAACGAUCCGAUCACUAAACUUCCAGGCGUUUUAUUCAAUGAGAAUUUUAGAGUUUUAGGUGGUUUUUAUGAGCUUCCAUGGAGUUGUUCAUGUUAUGCUCAUGUUGGGGUCCAACUCACACUAGAUUUCUUUGAUGUUCAAAACAUUUCUUGCGUUCACGAUCUUGGGACUUAUAUCGAUCUUCUCAACCGGAGAAGAAUAAACUCAAGAUCAGCCGAUUCUGAUAAAGACAAGGAUAAUGACAAUUUUUCCUUGGAGUUUUUGAAAGGAGAGGGUGAGAAUAUGAUGUUCCUGAAGGGACAACGAAUGGUGCAUUGGACCAACGUCGUGGAUCUUCUUUCUUCUGUCUCUGAUCAUAUGUUGUAUUGUAAUAUUUUCUAGCCCUAGAGUGAUUCAGGCUAGGUUUAGGGUUUUUAGAUGGAAGCAAGUACUUCUAAGUUUACACACAGUGUAUAAAUUGCGGAUAAUCACAACUAGAGCCGUUCUUAGAAUAUUUAAGACCAGAAGCAAAAAACAAAAAUGUGGCUGGAACUGUACCAACUUAUGGACGAACCUGUGAUCUGAAGAAGGUGAGAUGAGUGCGCGUUGCACUAAACUAAAAAGGAUAUAUAGAUUAUGUGGCCGGAAGUAUUGAUAAAAUAAACGGUCGCAAGCAAUUGCUUCAUUUGCUUGAUGGGGCCGCUCUGAUCACAACAAUUUCCUUAGAUCACAAGAAAGUGGAGAUUGUAUAUUUUUGUGUCUGCAUUUAUUUAUAUGUAUAUGGUUAAAUUAUAGUGUAUACCUUGAAACCAUUAUAAAUUGACUUAGUAUCAGUCAUCUUUUCAAAGUUGCGAACGAAAUAAAGACAACAAUGUUUGACAUAUGCGUUUCACUAUAUAUAUAUAUAUAUAUAAAUUUACGACCAAAACAAUUUAGAGCUAGAAUCUUUUAAUUAACUUGUUUACUAUUUUAGUUUAUAUUUACUAGUUUGAAAGGUUUAUAUUUAAAACUAGGAAAUAUUUUAGAUAUUACAUUUUUAGUUAUUGGAAACUGCAACGUAGGUAUCCUUUUUAGCAAAAAAGAAAAAACGUAGGUAUAUCCUUUUUACUUUUAUGUUGCAUGCACAUUGACCAACAAAGGGACAUUAAAAACAAGGAUUGACUAAUAUAUUCUCCCUAGUUGGAAUUUUAUUGUAAAACAAUCUUAAUAUUGUUUUAGUUUGUGAGCAAUAAUAUAUAUGUUUAUGUCGUUUAUUUCACUUUAUCGUCCUUUUUACUAAAUUAUAAAUGUUUCAUGCAAAUAAGAAUUGACUAACUAAACAUUCUAUCUAGUUGAAACUUAGACCAAUGUAUUUUUUCCUGAUAAGAAACUUUGACCAGCAUUAGGGGGUACUCUGCUUCAAUUUUAUAUAUGAGAGUGAGAACAUAUAGGCUAAUUAUUCUUUUUACAUGUCGUGUUUAUAUGAUUCGUAGAUAAUUUUCUAAAAGUAAAAAAAGAUGCGUAGAAAUAUUCGCGGUACACCCCCCGUACAUACUUGUUAUAUAUAGAACAAAGAAACCUUUUUGAUUGAAAAACAAAGAAACACUUGCGGGAUAGUUUCCGAGAGAAGUCAUCGUCAAAGUGGAAGAGUUAUACAAUGUACUGCAUGGUACAAAUUUGUUGUAUUUUAAUGGUUUAGAAAAAAGAAUCUAAGGGAAUCAUUACAAUAUUUACUGAAUGGUUUGAGAAAAGUACAUAAUAAUGUUUAUAUUUAAUGGUUAAGAAAAAAAAAUGUUAUGUCUUCACCGAGUUACUGCAUGGUUAUAUUAUAACUUAUAUAGAAAGUCUUAUAUAUACGUUCACUGCAGGGUACAAAUUUAUCAAACACACCAUGAUGGAGAAAACAUGGGGUUUCCCUAUGAGACUACGUCGUAUAAGUUCAUCAUGAACUUCUCCAUUUUUAAUGUUAAAGUUCAGAAAUGGGAACAUAUAUUGAUCAUAGGAAAGUGGAAUGAAACGUAUGUCCGCAAGUUCAUAUAUCCUAUAGUUUAGAGUUUGAUCAAAAAGUGAAUAAAUGUUCCCUAAAGCAAACGAUGAGUUUAUACUUUAUACUAUCAAAACAGUGCGGCUGAUGAAUUUAGACCAACCGGCAUCGUGAGCUGCUUUUUUUUUAAUUAGCAAGAGGUUCGGACCUAAGCACUUAUUUACCCCGGCCCGAAACCACAACAUAAAAUCACAACAUCUAAUAUUAGUUUCGUUCUGAAAAACUGAAUUGUUUUAAAAUUAUUAUACCGUCUGAUUUGAUUAUUUCUUUUUCAAAUUUUCUGGUUUAUAUAUAUAUAUCUCGAUGAAAUUUGGUUGGUUCGAUUGAGGUAACAGAACCACCUAAUAUCUAAAAAAAUUAGGUGUCGUUCGAGUUUAGUUUAGUUUUAUAUAAUUCAAGCAAGAUAUUUAGGUAGUUCAGUUUUUCAAAGUAAUUUAAUUGGUAUGUACAUAAUUAUAUUUUUUUUUAUCAAAUACAUAACAUAUAUCUAAGAAUAUGAAGUUUUAGUCUAUAAUUUUUUCUUUUAGAUAAAUAUUUAUUUUAAAACUAACUAUGAAUUUAUUUUAGGUAUUUGGAUUUCCAUUUGAUUUUAACUUUUUUGGGUAUGUUUUUUUUUAAAAUGUUUUGGUUGGGUUUCAGUUUUUUUUUUAAAGAAAAAUGCCCCCCAUAUUACUGAUUAUGGGCCUUUUGAUAAACAGAACAUAGGGGGGGUGAUUGGUUGGGUUGUAGGAAGUGGUUUUAGUUUUAAUUUUCAUCUACAACCUUAAAUACUACCAAUCAUGCUUUAUCUUAGUUUUUAAAGCUACAACCAAAAA